CCUGUCUGUAAAAGAUGUUAGGAAGGAGAACCAAGGCAAAUACACUUUUAAAGUGGGUGAUCUGAAGACAAGUGCCACACUGAAGAUGAAAUUGCGUCCUGUAACACUGAUGCAAGGCCUCUCUGAUCUGACAAUUUGUGAGGGUGAUAUUGCCCAGUUGGAGGUGCGAUUCUCUCAGGAAAAUGUGGAGGGAACAUGGAUGAAAAAUGGCCAGCCCAUCACUGCCACAGACCGAAUUCACAUUGUCAUUGACAAACUUGUCCACAAACUUCUGUUUGAAAAUGUCAACAGGGCAUUCAAGACAUUGCUACAAGUGGAAAACUUUCUGUCCAAACUAUUGAAAUCAUAUUACCUCUCAAGGAUGUUCAUUCUAUCGAGGGUACAAAGGCAGUGCUAGAAGCUAAAAUCUCUGCCUCGGAUGUUAAUGCUUUGAAAUGGUACCAACAUGACAAGCUCCUUGUGGCUAGGGAGAGAAUCCAGAUGGUUGCCAAAGGGACCAAACAGAGACUAGUUUUGAAUAGGUCC